ACGCACAUUUCCGGUGUGGCAAGAACAGAACACGGCUGAGGAAUUUCUCUGAUCCCAACACGCUGCCUAGGGGAGUUGAAAGGGCAGACUAUUCACACACAAUGACUUACACACUCUGCCAGACUCUGAGAACUGAAGAGACAGAGGGAGGUCCAGCUGUCUCAACAGGAAGACACUGAGAAGAAACAUGGCCGGAAACUGCUCAGAUUAACAGUGGAACUGGGGGAAAAAAAUGAGAAGUGGUUGUUAUGUCAACAAAGGUGUGAUGCCAUGGAGCAGCAGCUGUUGUCAUGGGAGCACAGAGAGGAACAACUAAACCAGAAGUGGCGUGCGGCUGUGGAGGAAGUGACACAAUUGAGGAAAGCCCUGGAGAAGAGUCAGCUGGAAAAGAGGGAGCUGAUCAAAGAAAGGGAUAUUUUGAUGGAGUCUCAUGACAGAGCCAUCACCAGCAUGAAGUACGACCAUAGUAAAGAGCUAGCCUCAAAGCUGGCUUCUGCUCUGGGAGAAGAAAGGUCUCUGAGUCAAUUGCACCUACGGGAGCAGUUGGAUAAGAUUCGUAGGGAGGCUGACAUAAAGCUGAAGACAGAGAGAGAGAAGAACCAGAUGCUGAUUUCUCAGAGUCAUAAUGAAAAUUCACAGCUCCACCAGAAGUUGGAGGAGAGAAAGCUGGAGGUACUGCAUCUGAAAGAGGAGCUUCAGCAGGAGAAGAGACGCAGAGAGGCUAAGAGGAGGGCUGAAGAGACAGAAAGGAGAGAGGAGGAGCUGUACCGACAGGAGGCGGAAGAGCUGAGCCAAGCUAGAGCUGAUCUGGAUCUGAUGGCUGAGAAAAAUGCUGCACUUCAGCAAGAGGUGGCGUUACUCCAGGAAACAGUAUGGAGGGAGUGUCAGGAGAGGGAGGAGCUGACUGCUGCUCUGUCUCAAGCCCGUCAGGAGCUCUUUGGGCGCCAAUCCAUAGUGUCACCCCAGGGCGCCUCUGGGCCUCCUCCAAAUCCCCUGGAGAGAAGAGCCUCGCCACGCAACAAGCGUUUUUAUCCUCAGGGUAAAGCCAGAGGGCCUCUUAACCGCUCACCAGUCUCCCCAGCGUCACUCCAGCCCUCCCCUACCUGCACAGACAAAGACAGAGGCCUGCAUACAGGAGUAAGGGGGGUAGAGGAGAGUCUGGACUCCAGGAGGAUCGGUGGAGCUUUGAGGAAAGCAAAAAAGCAGGAGGCAACCCUGCCUUCACUGAAAGCAAGCAGCACAGCGAGUGAGGUCAAAUUUAAGGUCCAAUUAACGAUGGGCAGGAAAUAAAUGCUGUGAAAAGCAACCUGAAUAACCAAA